CCAACUACGUGUUACUUAGGCCGUUACAGCAAAAAUGAUGACAUUUAAUUUAGUCCAUGUUAAGAAGAAAAAUAGUUGUAUUACUUGCGAGUAAAUGGUCAAGCGAAAAGACUGAGAACGCUUAGUGUCCACAGGAAUUAGGUGUAAAGCAUACUUUCACUGGUGUUUACUGACUGAGAGCCCAUAUCGGGCUUUAUGUGCACCUCAUCAUAAACUUAUCUUCAGAAUGGUAAGCUCAACAUCUCGCAAACAUUUGAACAAUGGAGCUGUAACAGUGGCUGCACUCCUUCUUAUCACUGCCGUUUGCCUCGUUGCACCAGCGUUGCAUUUCCUAAGACGUUCAGUGGAUCCGAGAAGGUGCAAGUUCACGUGUCACUGAGCCAUGGCGAAGAGUUUUCUCGUGUUCACUCUCCAUCAGCUAUGUGGGUUAGAUCUAUAACCACACGUGGAUUUGACGUGUGUGUCCGUGAGACAGGCUCCGCAAGAAAUGAAAGUGGUGUCAUCAACUGGGUGGCAUUCCAAGAUAAUCCUGGGAUGAUACCCGGAAGUCUUGUUUUCAGCGGAAUCUGGACAACAGAAACAAAGUGUAACAAAGUGGACUUUUCACAAGGUUUUGGCCUUGGUCCUUACGUAUUUGUCUCCGCUAAGUACAAUCGUGAUACACAACCCAAUGACGCCAUGUAUGUUUGGUUGGAGAACGUUAAACGUGGAAGUUUCGAAGUGUGCAUACGGGAGUUCCUCCCUUUUGACGGACAACACCAAAAUGCAAUUGUGGACUGGUUUGCUUUUGAUGGAAAUGGCUCAGACCUAAAUUUUACUUUGAUGGGGGAAGCUGGGUUUGAAAACAGGAAUACUCCAAAAGUUGAGGACAAUUAUGGUUUCUGUCAGGAUGUGCAGUUCAACACUACUUUCUAUGCUUCACCAGUUGUGCUGGUUUCUGUUCAUCACUACUACAACCGUCAGCAGAAAAACCUCAUUCUACCGGAAAACAAUAUAGUCACAGCUUGGGUGGAGGAAAUUCGCCUCACAUCCAUGACGAUUUGUGUGAAAGAUUUAAGUGGAACAGGAAGUAAACAUGACCCUUUGUCUGUCUACUAUGUUGUGAUUGGAGAUAUUGAUCCAUGCCUUGGAGUGAAUUGUCCUUCAUUUGGAAUUUGCAAAACAUUUAGUGCCCACGAAUCUCGUUGUGUUUGUCACGAAGACUGUCCCUCGUAUCAAGAUCCUGUGUGCACCACAAAUGGAACAACAUAUGACAACCAUUGCUGGUAUAAGUUGAACUACUGCAAGGGACUGGAACAAAAUUCUGUUUACCAUCCAGGAAGCUGUGUAGGCUUCCCAAUAGUUCGAGACAAAGUGGAACUUCGAGUACCAAGAUGGUCGGAUUCCAGUUGUCAAACAGUGGUCUUCCCACCAUACCAUUUCUAUCCAGAAAAGCUGGUUCAAGUACAAAUUACCGUCACUCACAUGAAUUUGAAUGACUCAGAAAGAGUUCAUGACGCUGUUACGUCGUGGAUUGAAGAUACGAACACAUAUAACUUUACAGUUUGUGCCAUGCAGUCUGGAAGAAGAUCAAGGAACUUUAACCCGUUUGCAACAAUUGUUUGGGUGGCAUACCAAGGCGCGCCGCCCAACGGAAUGACGGGAAUUAUCAAGAUGCAAAAGUGGUGGUCUGGAACCAAGUGCGCAGAUGUGACUUUUUCAAAAGACAAGUUUAAGUCGACACCAGUAGUUCUUGUAACAGCUGAACAUCUGAGGACAGGUAUAGAAUAUGAUGCAGCUCUGAUCUGGACGGAGGAUGCGACCAAGGACUCUUUUAAAGUUUGUCUACGCGAAAUGCAGAACUUUGACGGAAAGCACGAGGACAUCAAUGUGAAUUGGAUGGCAUUUACCGACCUUCACAAGCCAUUCUUCAAAGAACGUGGUUUCGUCAAAUUUCCAAACACAAAUCCUCCAUUAGAUGAAAAUAACAAUGCCUACUGUCAGUUCGUACUGUUCGCCAAAAGUUACAACAGCACACCAUCAGUCCUAGUGACAGCCAAUCACCGCACAGACAAUGGAAAUUCAGCCCCAGUUCACAAUGGGAUUACAGCAUGGAUUGAGAACAUGAAUUCUACGGGAUUCAGAGCCUGCCUUAAAGAAUUGUAUGAAACCAGAUACGAACCCGUAUCAUUAAGCUAUGUAGUCUUGACGAACAUAUGUGAACCUGGGUGGAGCUAUUUCAAUGGUCACUGCUAUUUUACAAGUAAAACCUGUGCAAACUGGACUACAGCCUUGAGAAAUUGUCGAAAUGAAAAUUCAGCUAUUGCUGAUGUUGAAAGCAGCGAAGAAAACGUUUUCAUACAGCAUCGCCAUAAUGGAGAAAAAUCGUGGCUUGGCCUCAAUGACAGAUCAUCUGAGUGUAAUUUUACGUGGGUGGAUCGAGGAAGAGGGAAUUUUACAGCUUGGGCUAACAAUCAGCCAAAUAAUUUUAAAGAAGAGGAUUGUGUACACGCUCUUGGCAUAAAAUAUCGCUACGAAUGGAACGACGUAAAGUGCAGCGACUGUCAUAAGUACACUUGUAAGAAAGACCUAGAUGAAUGCAAUACAAACCUGGACGCAUGCAACCGUAAAGCAAGCUGCAAUAACACCGAGGGCUCAUACACAUGUCUUUGCGAUAACCCAUACCAAGGAGAUGGCUUUGAUUGCUCAUCAACCCUUGGCUUGUACUCCAGUAAUCCUGCUCAUUCCUGCAAGGAAAUGCGUGACUUAGGACUUUCUAGAAAAAAUGGAAGAUACUGGAUCGACCCUGAGAAAAAUGGCAACCCCUUAAAGGUUUUUUGCGAUAUGACAACAGACGGAGGAGGAUGGCUUCUUGUGUCUGAAGUGGUGGUUGACAGUUCAAACCAGCGCUUUCCAUUCUCGGUAGAGUCAUCAUACCGUGGAAUCAGUAAAUCUCAGAUGUUCCUCUCAAAUAAUGCCAUGCAGCAACUGAGACAGCAUUUGUCUUUCACUCAGUUGAGGUUCUACUGCUAAAAGCAGAGAACUUUCCACGUCAUGACGACAGCGAACAGCGCUGGUGAAGCAGUUGUCCAGUUUUUCAGUUAUCAAACCAAUACAAUGCCUCUCUCCUGUGGCUCGUAUGUGAAAAUGGCUGAUGAUAAUUCUUAUUUAGCUGGACAGUGCAGCAGAUGGGGAUAUGACAAUGCCUAUUUUGUAGGAAAAUGGAGUCAUUUGGGCUUGGGUAAUACAGCAAGGCUCUGUAAUCACCCUGCUUUUGUGGGGGGGGGGACAUAUCACUUUCUGCUGUCUCCAAAUGGCGGUAGGUGGGAAUGUGAUGAUUACAAUGUCGGAGUUUCCUCUGGGAACUCAUGGAAAGUCUUUGUUCGUUAGGGCCAGAAAACCUAGUAACCAACACGUACGAGUUUUACAAUUCAGACAUUUCAAAAGCCCCAUCAUAUAUGAUAAAAUAUAUGAUUUUUUUAUAGCCACAGUUUAUAAAAGUAAUGACAAUAGUUAUAAAAAUAAUGAUAACAAUAAUAAGAACAAUAACAAUAAAGAUAGAGUAAGAUAAGUAUUGCUUGAACUUGGUCAAAAUUGAGGGUUCUUUCAUUUCAAAUUUUAGCUACUACCCGAGUAAUAAUAAUAAUAAUAAUAAUAAUAAUAAUAAAAAGAUCAAAAUAUGAUCGGAAAAAAGGUUAGUCUUUUUAUGCAUCGAAAAAAACUCAGAUUCGAUUUAACAUUUCAUGCCGGUAAGGGUUCCUUUUUUGUUUCAAGUUUAGCUUCAUGUAUUCAUUGAAACCGCCUAAUAAUUCCUUGAACUCCCAUGAGUGACCAAGACAGAAUUUCUCCUUGCAAUCUUGAUACAAUAUCAAGCAGAAAAGUAUCGGGUUUAAAGAAAAAUAUCUAUUAAAGGAUUAUUAGUUGAUCCAACACCAAAUUCUCCAAACUGACAUUAUUAGAAUUGUCUUUCAGAAAGUAAGGAGAAUUACCAAUGAGAGCUCGGGAGUGAAAAGGUUAAGGGCCCCUUCGCCUCCGUUUCUUUGUUAGGAUUGUAAUGAAGUUUCAUUAAUGAGUGUAAUAAAUGAAAUCAGCUCAAUUUUC